ACAGUCACUCCGAAAUUAUAACAGUGUAAACUUCCGGUUUCGAAAACAAAACGUUAAGUUGAGUAAGGAAGAGAAGAGAAGAUUGAAUGUGUGAUUGCCAGAUAUGGAAGACGAAGACAUGCAAUACGACUUUUCCAAACAAAAAUAUCCAAAGCGUGGCCUUGUCUAUAUCAUCGUGAACGAGAGAUAUUCUGCCGAGGGAUAUCCCGACAGGCAUGGAGCGUACACUGAUUACAGAAACAUGAAGAAUCUGUUCAAACCACUCAAUUUAAAACUAAUGACAUAUUACGAUAAAACUGGCAAGCAGAUCAAGGAUAUCAUACAAAACGCUUCCAAGAGGCCUGACCUUGCUGAUCGGCCUUGCUUCAUUUGUGUAAUCAGUUCCCACGGAGAACAAUGGCCAGACCUAGAUAGGAAAGAGAGAAAGAAGACCAUGGAGCAUGUCAUGGAUCAUGUCAUUGUGGGCGUAGACGGCAUGGGAGUGUUAACAAAGGACUUGGUGGGAUUCUUCUCGAAGGAUAAGUGUUUUGACAUGGUGGGAAAACCCAAACUUUUCUUCAUUCAGGCAUGCAGAGAGACAUUCUACAGUAAUGGUGGCAGUAAGGCCGUUCUCUACAGUACUGAUCGCAGUAAGGCCGUUCUCUACAGUACUGAUCGCAGUAAGGCCGUUCUCUACAGUACUGAGGCCUUUGACAGGGGGGUAGCUGUCCAGUACGUUGUGUCUGCUAAGUUAACAAAACAUCGACGGAUGAGACAGAGAUUAUCGCUGAACACAAAAUAUGAUAGUGCCGAUAGUAAACCGAACCAAAGCGAAGUUCCUUUAGAUGCACUGGACCAUAUCAUUGAUCCAACUGGCAACGGUGACAGUGAUGAUGAUGACCAGUUAUCUGAUGGCUAUGACACCGCGACCACGGACGAAGACUCUGAUGCGGAUUCUGACAGAGAGACAGGACACGAAGAAAUCAAGAAGAGAGACAGAUCAGUAAACACGGAGAACGAAGAAGUAAUUUCCAAGGAUGACGUGAAAAUAGAAAUCAGACACAUACAGGCUACAACACCCUCAGACCAAAACAAAGACCUUAACGUUGUUCCCAAGGAGGAAGAGAAAACAGAAAUCCAACAAAGCGAGAGAAUGGUACCUAGUGGUGUUCCGCUGGACCAGGACGAUGCUGGAGCCAGUGGCAAACGCAGGGUUAUUUCAGAUAUACAGGAGGCAGAGCCCAUGGAGGUUACCGCCAUUCCUUGUCAUGACGACAUGCUCGUCAUGUUCGCUUCCCCUCCAGGUAAAAUCGCAUGGAGAAGUACUUCAGAAGGAAGCUGGCUGUUAGCAAACCUCUACAAUGUCUUUAAGCAGUACAUACGCAGCCGUAAAAUCAGUGAACGAGAUUUUCUCAGCAUCCUUAUCGAAGUCUCGCAGGACGUGUCACUCAAAGAGACUAAUACAGUCGAAACUGAAUUCAAAAACAUGAAGAUGGUGCCCACAAUCUACCACCGACUCACUAAAGAAGUUGUCAUGUGUUUUGGUAAGGAAACAGGACUGUUGAAAAGCUUAAAGAGAAGGUUUCAGAGUUUAUCUCACAAUGAUGACCUGAAAUGAUAGUCUAUCAGUACUGAGGGUGGGGGUUACAUUUGAUUCAAUCUCUGUCAGUACUGAGGGUGGGGCUACAUUUGAUUCAAUCUCUGUCAGUACUGAGGGUGGGGCUACAUUUGAUUCAAUCUCUGUCAGUACUGAGGGUGGGGGUUACAUUUGAUUCAAUCUCUGUCAGUACUGAGGGUGGGGGUUACAUUUGAUUCAAUCUCUGUCAGUACUGAGGGUGGGGCUACAUUUGAUUCAAUCUCUGUCAGUACUGAGGGUGGGGGUUACAUUUGAUUCAAUCUCUAUCAGUACUGAGGGUGGGGCUACAUUUGAUUCAAUCUCUGUCAGUACUGAGGGUGGGGGUUACAUUUGAUUCAAUCUCUGUCAGUACUGAGGGUGGGGCUACAUUUGAUUCAAUCUCUGUCAGUACUGAGGGUGGGGGUUACAUUUGAUUCAAUCUCUGUCAGUACUGAGGGUGGGGGUUACAUUUGAUUCAAUCUCUGUCAGUACUGAGGGUGGGGCUACAUUUGAUUCAAUCUCUGUCAGUACUGAGGGUGGGGGUUACAUUUGAUUCAAUCUCUAUCAGUACUGAGGGUGGGGCUACAUUUGAUUCAAUCUCUGUCAGUACUGAGGGUGGGGGUUACAUUUGAUUCAAUCUCUAUCAGUACUGAGGGUGGGGCUACAUUUGAUUCAAUCUCUGUCAGUACUGAGGGUGGGGGUUACAUUUGAUUCAAUCUCUGUCAGUACUGAGGGUGGGGGUUACAUUUGAUUCAAUCUCUAUCAGUACUGAGGGUGGGGCUACAUUUGAUUCAAUCUCUGUCAGUACUGAGGGUGGGGGUUACAUUUGAUUCAAUCUCUAUCAGUACUGAGGGUGGGGCUACAUUUGAUUCAAUCUCUGUCAGUACUGAGGGUGGGAGUUACAUUUGAUUCAAUCUCUGUCAGUACUGAGGGUGGGGGUUACAUUUGAUUCAAUCUCUGUCAGUACUGAGGAUGGGGGUUACAUUUGAUUCAAUCUCUGUCAGUACUGAGGGUGGGGGUUAUAUUUGAUUUACAAUCUCUUUCAGUACUGAGGUUGGGAGUUACAUUUGAUUUAAUCUCUGUCAGUACUGAGGAUGGGGGUUACAUUUGAUUCAAUCUCUGUCAGUACUGAGGGUGGGGGUUAUAUUUGAUUUACAAUCUCUGUCAGUACUGAGGGUGGGGGUUACAUUUGAUUCAAUCUCUAUCAGUACUGAGGGUGGGGCUACAUUUGAUUCAAUCUCUGUCAGUACUGAGGGUGGGGGUUACAUUUGAUUCAAUCUCUGUCAGUACUGAGGAUGGGGGUUACAUUUGAUUCAAUCUCUGUCAGUACUGAGGGUGGGGGUUACAUUUGAUUCAAUCUCUGUCAGUACUGAGGAUGGGGGUUACAUUUGAUUCAAUCUCUGUCAGUACUGAGGGUGGGGGUUAUAUUUGAUUUACAAUCUCUUUCAGUACUGAGGGUGGGAGUUACAUUUGAUUUGCAAUCUUUCAGUACUGAGGGUAGGGGUUACAUUUGAUUUACAAUCUCUUUUAGUACUGAGGGUGGGAGUUACAUUUGAUUUACAAUCUCUUUUAGUACUGAGGGUGGGAGUUACAUUUGAUUUGCAAUCUUUCAGUACUGAGGGUAGGGGUUACAUUUGAUUUACAAUCUCUUUUAGUACUGAGGGUAGGGGUUACAUUUGAUUUACAAUCUCUUUUAGUACUGAGGGUAGGGGUUACAUUUGAUUUACAAUCUCUUUCAGUACUGAGGGUGGGGGUUACAUUUGAUUCAAUCUCUGUCAGUACUGAGGGUGGGGGUUACAUUUGAUUCAAUCUCUGUCAGUACUGAGGAUGGGGGUUACAUUUGAUUCAAUCUCUGUCAGUACUGAGGGUGGGGGUUAUAUUUGAUUUACAAUCUCUUUCAGUACUGAGGGUGGGAGUUACAUUUGAUUUGCAAUCUUUCAGUACUGAGGGUAGGGGUUACAUUUGAUUUACAAUCUCUUUUAGUACUGAGGGUGGGAGUUACAUUUGAUUUACAAUCUCUUUUAGUACUGAGGGUGGGAGUUACAUUUGAUUUGCAAUCUUUCAGUACUGAGGGUAGGGGUUACAUUUGAUUUACAAUCUCUUUUAGUACUGAGGGUAGGGGUUACAUUUGAUUUACAAUCUCUUUUAGUACUGAGGGUAGGGGUUACAUUUGAUUUACAAUCUCUUUCAGUACUGAGGGUGGGGGUUGGGGGUUACAGGGAGGGGUAGGUGCAUGGUCGUUCUUGGUUUAUG